AUGCCCCGGCAGCUGUUUUAUUCCGCGGUGCUGCUCCUCUGCGUGCUGUCGAUGUGCGGCAGCGGCAGUGGGGCUGCGGGAGCUAAAGGGAGUACGCAAGAGGCUGCAGUGAAGACGUCGUCGACAGUUGAGCUGUUCAAAAGGGACAACACGUCCAGUGGAGCUGCACGUCUGACUGGUCUGACUAAUAAUAAUAAGACCGUGUAUGCAUUCACUGGCCACUCCCUUGUGGGUACGAAGGGGGUGGUGGUUGCCCUCGCCAAGGCGCGCUACGGCCGUUCUCUCAUUUCAGACGCUGGCAUUUGGGCGAAGUGCAUCAGCUCCAAAGGGUAUGGAAAUAUUUGUGGCUGCACGCCAGUGACUCCUGGUGCUACGGGAGGUGGAUGCCCAUGGACGAAGGUCGUGCCUGAAGACGCUAAGUCCGGUACUUCUCUUGGCUACCUCUACGGCCCCAAGGCAGUUGUGAAGGACGACAAAAUACUGCUGCUGCUGAUGAGCUACAAGGAAUCGCAGGGUAAUCGUAAUCAACCACCACAAGCAUCACCAUCAACAUCACUAUCACCACCUACAGGUUGGGAGGUUGUGUUGUAUGAGGCUACAGUGGCCGAGUCCAGCGGAACCGAACCACUAACGUGGAAAAAACCCGCAGAGCCACCUCAGACAGAUUCCUCAAACUUGAGGACCGUCUUCACCGAGGCGAUGAAUACACACAAGUGGAGGUCCUUCGUGGAUAAUGCCGGGAGGGGCGUGGUGGACAAAAGCAAGAAGGUGGUGUUCCCUCUGGUGGCGGUGAGCUCCGAAAGCGGCGCGCAUGUCUGCACAGUUCUCCACUCGACCAACGGA